UGGAUCUAUAUGAUCAUCAACAACGUGUCCAAGUCUGGCAGUCUGAGGGUCAAGAAUCUCGGCACCAAAUGGCAAGGCAAGUUCUACCAGUGGGACAACAAGGACCACGAGCUUUCCGCGGCCGAUGUUUCCAAGCAGGUUGCGGGGCCGUCGGGCAAGAUCGACAUAGCCUCGUGCGGCCGCUCCGAUGCGAGCAGCGGCACUGAGGGCGACUACGACAUCUACGAAGGCGACACCAAGGUCUGCCACAUCUACUGGACUGCCCCUGGGGCAAGAAGACCAACACCUUCACCGUCUCCGAC